ACGAAACAAGAGAGAUGUCAAAGAGCUUGUUGCGCAACGGCUACAAUAAUGUAGCUCGGAUUUUAGGUAAAGACCGAAAACAGAAGCAAAAUUUUCCAGUGCUUGAAGGCCACCCAGCUGCUCAGCAACAUGCAGAAAUAGCAGUUGAAAGAAGUGGGGAAAUUCACGACAGAGUGAAGAAGCUUCACAAGGAGUUCAAGAUAUAUAGGUGGAACCCUGACCACCCCACCAACAACAAGCCCUUCCUCCAGUCUUACUAUGUAGAUCUUUCCAACUGUGGGCCCAUGGUUUUGGAUGCUUUGCAAAAGAUAAAAGGUGAGGAUGAUUCAAGCUUGAGCUAUAGGAGGUCUUGCAGGGAAGGGAUAUGUGGGUCUUGUGCCAUGAACGUUGAUGGAACCAAUACAGUGGCCUGCCUCAAGCUCAUUGAUGUGGACACAAGAAAGCCCACUGUUCUUACUCCCUUGCCUCACAUGUUUGUGAUCAAAGAUCUGGUUGUGGACCUCAAUUUCUACCAUCAGUACAGGUCAAUUGAGCCAUGGCUGAAGACCAAAAGAGCACCCGAAGAAGGGAGAGAAUACAGGCAAUCACCGGCAGAGAGGAAGAAGUUAGAUGGGUUAUACGAGUGCAUACUCUGUGCUUGCUGUAGCACAUCCUGCCCAUCUUACUGGUGGAACCCCGAGGAAUUUCUUGGCCCGGCGCCUUUGCUUCAUGCUUUUCGAUGGAUCUCCGACAGCCGGGAUGGUUUCUCUCAGGAAAGGCUUCAGGCUUUGACGGAAGAUCACAAAAGAUUGUAUAGAUGUAGGACGAUAAAAAAUUGCGCAGCAGCCUGCCCCAAAAGCCUGAACCCAGCUGAUGCAAUUCAUAAGAUGAAGACUAAGCAUGUGAUUUCUCAAGUAGUGGAGAAGGUUGGAAGCACGUAGCUUACAAACAAUAUUAUAUAUAUAUAAAAAUAAAAUUAGAAGUGGGAAAUGGGGUUAGUUGAUAUUGCUCCAUAAUACAGUAUACACACGUUUGUGUUACAUAGUUAUUUCUA